UGCAGCGAGGCCACAAACUUUGUUGGUGGAAUUCCAAAAACAUUUCUCUUACACUCUCUCUCUGUCUCUGUCUCUGUCUCUCUCUUCUUGACCUCUCGGUGUCUUUCUUCUCUUCGCUCAAAGUCUCAGACAAACGCUCUCUCUCUCUUUCGUCUCUUGGGCCUCUCGGUUUUCUUCUCCCAAUCAAAGUCUCAUUCACAGCCUUCAUCAUGGUUCUAUUGCAGCUAGACCCAUUUCUUAAUGAACUCACCAGCAUGUUUGAGCACAGCACUGAGAAGGGCUCUGUCUGGGUUACUCUUAAACGAUCAUCUUUAAAGUCUAAGGUACAGAAGAAUAAAAUGACAACUGCUGGUGAUUUGAUUGAGUAUAGAUGCCUUAUCCGUGCUACUGAUGGGAAAAAGACGAUUUCUACUUCGGUUGGAGCAAAGGAUCAUCAGCGCUUCCAAGCUUCUUACGCAACUAUCCUCAAGGCUCACAUGACAGCUUUGAAGAAGAGGGAGAGAAAGGAUAAGAAAAAAGGUGCAGAGGGUGAUAAGAAAGAAGGGGGUGUGAAGAAGUCCAACAGGGUGUAAAUAAGUCCCUUUUUAUUGUGUAGGCUCCUCUUUCUUGAAUAGGAAAAAAAGAAAAAAAGAAGAAAUAUUUAAACUUCUGGAAAAAAAUGCAGGAAUUGAAGUAUAUGAGAUUUUGUUAAUUGCCCUUGUUUUGGAUGCUUCCUUUUUAAUUGAUGACAUUCUUGUGAUUGAGUAGAA